GUCACAAAACCUACAACAACAAACCCAUUGCAAUUUGGCUACUCAGUUUCAGUGUAUGUGUCUGUUACUCUUCCCUUUUGCUUUGUAGAUAUUUGUCAGGCUUCUCUGUUCCAAAGUUUGUGACUUUUCAAAGAGAGAAGAUUGCGGGUUUUAGAGAAUGUAUGCAGAGACUGGGCUCUUGUUCCCCUAUUUCCAGAACGCCCCUCAAGACUUUCAGCAGUUGGAGGAGUUCUGCAGGAACCAGGUAUCCACUGCUUCAAUGCAGAAUAACCUUGUAGAGGCCUCCAUGAUAUCAGAAUACGACCUGGGAGGAGAUUGGGAUCUAUUUAAAGCUCCUGAGCCUAUCAUUGAAGAACCCGUUCUUGGUCUGGAUCCUAUGGCGGCAUUCUCAAUGAUGUCUGUUGGGGAAGAUGUCAUCUCCUCUCAAGGACUCAAGGCUGCAGACAUUGAAUCACUUCAAAGUGAACAGCUAUUGGAUGAUGCUUUCUAUGACAAGGAUAUCCUAGAAAAGGAUCCAGCAGAAACACCACUUUCUGAGGUCCUUGAUAUCAAAAUGCCUGAUAUGGGGACAGAUGGAAUUCAAGUUCAAGAAGACAAACCACUUCGUAACAUACAAUUCCAGAAAAGUGGUAGCUCAGGAUGCCUAAGCUCAAUGGAGUGGAUGCAAGGAGCUUCAACGAACCCUAAUUUUAUGGAGUUACCCGGAAUGGAUUUUGCUACUGCUUAUGGGAUUCGGAGGGCAUUUAGUGAAGGAGAUAUCAAGACACUUGGUAGCUGUAACAUAAGCCUCGUCCAUCCUCCUCUUGAGCGGUCAAUUAUAAUCACCAACUGCACCACCGAGGCACGCAUGGAAAAACUUUCAAGAUACAGGAACAAGAAGUCAAAGAGGAACUUUGGAAGGAAAAUCAAGUAUGCGUGCAGGAAGGCUCUUGCAGACAACCAGCCGAGGAUCCGUGGAAGGUUUGCAAAGACUGAAGAAUCAACUCAUGCCAAGAGGCAGUAACUGUUGACAUAUUAUGAUUACAAUGUAGGAAUGAAGUAGCUGCUAGGUUCCAAAGAUGUAAUAUGGAAGAGAUCAGUAGUGGUAUCAAGCAUGGCGUGAUGUAGUAGACUUGGACUCAGUUUAGGUGCUCAAUAAACCAGACUCCUCCUCCCCCCUUCAAAAUCCUGCUUAGUAUUUCAUCCCUUUCUUGCUGUAGUGACCUUCUCUCUACUCUUAGACGUGCAUGGCCAGUUUCAGGUGUAAAUAGGGUAUGCUAAAUAAACCGGGGAAGCAAAACCAGUUCUACUUGUUCAUAUUAUAUAUGGUAUGAAGGAAAAUUUUGUGGUU